AUGGGGUCUGGUGAUUUAAAUCUUUUAAAAUCAUGGAACCCAAAAUUAAUGAAAAAUAGGAAAAAAGUAUGGGAAACUGAACAAGAAAUAUUAAAAGAAGAACAAAAAUUAUUAGAAAGGAAAAAGGAAAUUGAAAAAGAACGUCAAUUUAAUGAAUUACUAAAUGCUGAAAGAGAUAUUGACGGAGUAGAUUCUUCUUCUUCUUCCUCAACGAUAAAGAACAAGGCCUCCACUGGGUUGGAAUGGAUGUACGAGAAUAAUGUCCCUGAUGAGAAGGAAGAUUACCUUCUAGGUAAGAAGAAAUUAGACACCUCAGUUAUCAAGAGACAAGAAUCAAAUACUGAAGAGAAUAAAAUGCUUAAAAAAACGGGAGAACGAACCUCAACAAAGAAAAAAUUCGAUCUCUCUAGUGAAGAUCCUAUGGCAAAAAUGAAACAAGCAUAUUUACUCAAAAAGAAAUCUACUCUCAAGAGGGGAUCAACGACUACUAAUACGAGACCAAGUGGUGGGAUUACCAAGCCUGGUCGUAAUAUGGUUCAAUCUAGAAGCAAACCAAACGUAAAUGCUUCAAAAAAAAAAUUAAUAAGGAUGACGGUUUAG